GAUGAAGCGCAUAACAGGGUAGUCUGCGUUGUAUAUAUCCCGACGUCGGCAACUAGGAAAAAUAGUUAGCUAAGCUUAUCUUCACAGAUGGUGGUGAAAGGGAGCGACGACGUUAUAUUUUAGUACGAAAUAGUGAAACACCGCCACUAUUCAUGAUUUUGUUCACAUAAUUCUCCAUACGGUGUCCAGGUAGCGAUCUUUUAACACAUUAAAAGCGCAUUUUCAUCGAGUUUUGGUGCAUUAAAUGGAGGAGAAGAAGGAAGACGGAGACUCGGAGAUACAGGAACACGGACCCGAGCACUGGUUCUCAAAAUGGGAGCGGCAGUGUUUGGCCGAAGCGGAGCAGAGGGAGCCGAGCGAGGAGGAGGCCGACAACGACCAGGAUAAACUGUGGCAUCUCUUCCAGAACUCCGCCACCGCCGUGGCACAGUUAUACAAAGAUAGAGUAUGCCAUCAGCAGGGGCUGUCAUUGUGGGUGCCAUUUCAGAACUCUGCUACAGCAGUUACCAAUCUCUACAAAGAGAGUGUGGAGGCCCAUCAGAGAAGCUUUGAUAGGGGCAUCCAGAUAGGCCACCAACGGCGUAAUAAGGACAUGUUGGCCUGGGUUAAAAAGCGUCGGAGAACCAUCCGUAGGGAGGAUCUUAUCAGCUUUCUCUGCGGGAAAGCACCACCACACAGGAGUAGCAGGGCCAACCCCCGGCUGGCCAUGGUGGCCCCAAGUCGGGCUAAUUCACCAGCCGAGACUGGCUCAUCUGUGGAAGCAGACCUCCAGCCCUUCAGGGAGGCCAUAGCACUGCACGGUCUGAGUGGAGCCAUGGCAAGUAUCAGUGUGCGCUCCGGUGCUCCGGGGUCUCCCACACACAUGAGUGGGAGCAGCAGCAAUGGAGGCGGCGCCGGCGGAGGUGGAUCUUCCGGCUCGGGCCCGGUGUGCCGCAGCAGGCGUAACGGUCUCCAAGACGUCGACCUGAACACUUUCAUCUCAGAGGAGAUGGCACUGCAUCUGGACUCUACAGGCUCCGCCUCUGCCGGAGGGGGAGGAACCAGGAAACGAAACUCCACCCAGUGUAGUGACGUCAUCACAGACUCCCCUACACACAAACGCAACAGGAUGAUCUGAUCUGCUGCCUGCCUAUGUGUGUGAGAGGGGGGUGGGGGGAGGAGGAGGAAGCCUUCAAAGCCAAGGCUAGGAGAGGGGGAUGGAUGGGCUUAUGUGGGACAGAUGCGCAGAUGGACAGACAGACAUUCGGAUGCCUCGCUGUGCAAAAGAACCCGGGCUGAAAAUGAAAACAGGGACUGAAAGUCUCCGUUCGGCCUAUCCAGAUAUUGAAUGAAUCCUAUUCCUUGUCUCCUUUCCCCUACACUAUUACUACAAAUCACCGAUCUGCAAUCAGAACACUUGAAGAGUGUGUGUGCGGGCGACUGGGAGGUCCGGACGACAUCACGCACUCCUUGGACAUCGCUGCCCUGGAAAGGAGACAACGAAGGAAGCUCACCAACUCAUCCCGGGACGCAGACAGUUCUCAAAAAGGGGGUGAAAAUGCACUGUGCUGCUCGACAAGUAAAAGCCACUUGAUCCUUGACACGUUUGUGCCCUUCCUUCCCUUAACCUCGCCCAUCCUCACCCACCACCUUAAUAAGGAAGUGAGGGCCAUGAUCAAAAAUCGUCUCACUCAGUGAAUCAAGUUGCUCGCCAAAUGUUGGACCCAAGUCUGUCAGACUCACCUCUGCGUCAACAACAACCCUCCUGUUCUUUCUGUUACUUCAUCAUCGCAGCUCUCGGUUGUCGUCGCCUGUCAGUGGUGGUAAAUCGCCCAGUAGGAGCACAUCUGUGGCAUCAUCCUGCCGCUGCUAGAUUGACGGCAUGUAACUACCAAUUGCAGGCCAUUGAUGUUUGGACAUUUAGAUCUUUUCCUCUGCUAACUACUCUGUUUCCAACAGUGGCUCGAUUUAGUUCAGCCAGUCGCCCUUUUUUGUUUUUAAGUCUUCAACCACCAGUGUUAAAAUUCUAGGUUUGUUGCCACUGUUUGCAGCAGUGAUCGCCAAGAUAAUUUUGCGUUCUUUCACCACCUUGUUUGUAUUUUUGUUGUUGAGGAUAAAGGAAAGGAAAACUUUUUUUUUUGUGUGUGUGUGUAUACAGCUUCUCAGACAGCCCGUUUGCUGACUGCGGCGCCCUCUCCCCCUUUACCCUAGUCUUAUUAUUACAAAAGCAGCUGCUGUUUUAUGUGAUCUUGUGAUUAUUCUGAUGAGUUGCAAUAAGGAUGCAACUUUUGCACUUAGCUUUCACCUCUAACUCAUGCAAACAAAUCGGCUCUUCCAUUGUAUCCCAGUUGUAGCCUUGUCCAAUCCCAAACGGGCCCGCUUGUGGUCAGUCCACACAUUAAUUUACCGGUUGGUGCUUGGAUUUAAAAGAAAGAAAGAAAGAAAGAAAGAAAGGAAAAACGUUAACACUUGGCUAGAAAUGGAGCUCUCACGCACACCUCUGGUUCCAACAACUCUUCAAGAGUGUUUUGAUCAAGUUGUGGAGCAUUACUGCUUGAGACUCAGAGUCCUUCCCUGUCUGACAAAAUGAUUUAACUUAUCGGAAGAUAAUCGGUGCUGUAAGGAAAGCAUAAAUCGCAGAAAUGUUCUUACGAAGGCAGCGUUGCUCAACAGACCCACGAAAACAUGCCAGCCAGUGUGCACAAGGCAGCGGAUAAUUUGGCUGGAGCGUCGGAUCGGGUGUUGGGACACCGUCUGCUUUUUGUAUAAGGGGUGUGUGCAUUAAUAAGACGUAGAUGGGUUUGAAUUAUUUUUUUUUUUAAACGUGGUACAGGAUGAUGCAACUCUGGGCUUGUUUCAUUCUUGAAAUGGUCGUUGCCUUCCAUCCUUCUGUAAGGGAAUCGAGUAGGAGACACUGAUGUCACAGGAGUCAGAAAUUUGGGUAUAUUUAGCAGUUUCUAAAGUAAUGUGAACUGGUACUGUACUGAUCUUUGGCUUAUUUUAGGGGUCUUCAUGAAAGAUUAUCAGAGUUAAAGCUAAGCUUGUUUGUGGGCAUAAUAAAACUCAAUUGUUGGAAUAUGCUUUCAUUUAGCAUAGGAAGCUAACAAAUGAUUAAAAAAUUUGAGUUGUCUAGUUAUUAAACCAGUUAUAAAUAUCUCCAGUGCUGUAGUAGUGAUACAGUAAGUCGUGAGUUGUCCGGGGCGUAAACCCCUCAACUUGUACCUGUGAUACCCGCUGUGGCUGACUUGUGGGAUGUCAAUGUUUCCUCCUCCUUUUCCACUUUUUUUUUUUUUUUUUUGUUGACUUCACUCCCCUUCACCAUUCUGACCUGGAGUGAGGAGUUUCUUUUGUUGUAUAAAGCAUGCCAGUUUUUAACUUCUGUUACAUUUUGGUCACAGAUUUCAUUUUUUUUUUUUUUUUUUUUCGCGUUUAUAGGUUGGCUUUCUAUAUUCAUACUCGAUUACUGGCUUGUCGGUGAAAGAAAAGAACCAAGAUUUGUUGAUUCUGUCAAAAUGAAUGAUUCUGCAUUGAUUAAGUAGUUCUUGAAACCACUGAAUUAGACUGAAAAUGUAAACCUCAUAUUAGGAAAGUGCAAUUUGAUUUACCUACAGAGAGUCUCUGAUUACUUUGAAGACUGGCCAACAGCAGUAAUUCAUGGUGAGGCCACGUCGGUCUUGGUUUAAAAAUACAUUUAAAAAAAGCAAACCAUGACUCGUAAGUUCUGAUAAGCGUCAGCUAUCACAGGUCUGAUAAAUUAUGUAACACAGGAAGGAUCCAUGAUUCUUGAAUUUGAACUUCGCCCUUAAAGUCGCACAGUUUUAUACUCUGGGAGUGCUCAUGAUGUGAUGUGGUGUUCAGAGCUGACGGAGGAUUGGAGAUGGAGUGACAGCCUGUCCACACGCUCUUCAUUAAACCAGGAGAAUGCAUGUAGAACAUUGUAGUUGUUUUUCUUUCUCCAGACACUUUACUCACUUGUUUCGUGUAAAACACUCAACGUUGGCAUUGGGAGCAUUCAUGGCUGAAACCAAAACGGUGCGUUCAGUUACAAGUGAAUAGUUGUAACCUCAGUUAAAGGAGAGAUGAAAAGUGUCUGCUGACAGAAAAAAUUAAAACUCAGACCAUCACCUGAUAUUUUCUUUCCCCCAAAGGAGUUGCCUAUGAGCAGGAUUGUGCUAUCUUCCCAACCCUACUGUUUGACCUGCAGUGUUGACCUCCUAUUGAUUAGCCUGGUUAUAUUAGAGGGAGGGGCGGUGGGGCACUUUGUGUUUUUUCUUUUCUUCCCCUGAGCCAGUCACCGGCCUUCAUCCACAUUGUUUCAAAAGGCUGACUCAUGCCACGUGUCUCUGGAGCCAACACUAUUAUCAGCUGUUUCUUGAUACUUAUUUGUUUAAAAAGUAAUAAAUGGCUAAUCUAUAUACUUAACAUUUAAUUGUUGGUAUGAUAUAUGUGGUUCACAUUGUAAAAGAAAUAAAACCAUUGAGUUGCAAUUGGAUGGACUAUGUUUCAUUAAAAAACAGAAAAUGGA